AUGCCAAUUUCUGUUCCUCACACCGAAGAGCUUUCAUGGUGCAGCAAUCCAGCAACAAAACAGCUUCAGCAGCAGCAACAAAUUCUGAUGCCACCCAACUCCUCGCACCAGAAGGCAACAAACAAGAAUGAUUUGUGUGUAAGACUAUCGAAAUAUGGCUUGUUUGAUUCAUGUAGAUGGAAAGACUUAACAGACACAUGCAACAGUUCUGGUCUUCCGAUGUCCGUUGUUUCAGAAAUUGUUUUGGCCUUAAUUAUUGUUCAGAAUGUUGAGUGUAGACCACCGUUCGGAAAACAUUGUGGACCCGGUUUAAAGUGUCCAGAAGGAAGUGUUUGCCGGAGACCAGGAUUUGGACGAGCAAGUGAAAAAGCGAGGAUGAAAUGCUAUCCCAUUACUGAUGUCAAUUACUGUAAUCCAAAUCCAUGUCAAAACGGCGGCACGUGCAUUGAUGGAGUCAAUGAUUACACGUGCACGUGUGUUGUUGGUUUCAGAGGAAAUAAUUGCGGAACAAAUAUAAAUGAGUGUGUUCCAAAUCUUUGUCAGAACGGAGGUAUCUGUAGUGAUGGUAUCAAUGAUUACACGUGCAACUGCCCUGAUGGUUACAGAGGGAAAAAUUGUGAAAUAGAUAUUGAUGAUUGUAAUCCAAAUCCAUGUCAGAACGACGGCACGUGCAAUGAUGAGGUCGGCGAUUACAAAUGCGACUGUGCUGAUGGUUUCUCUGGGAAAAAUUGUGAAACUGAUAUUGAUGAUUGUGAUCCAAAUCCAUGUCAGAACGACGGCACGUGCACUGAUAAGGUAAACGAUUACACGUGUAACUGUGCUAAUGGUUUCUCUGGGAAAAAUUGUGAAACUGAUAUUGAUGAUUGUGAUCCAAAUCCAUGCCAGAACGACGGCACGUGCAAUGAUAAGGUCAACGAUUACACGUGUAAUUGUGCUGAUGGUUUUUCAGGGAAAAAUUGUGAAACUAAUAUUGAUGAUUGUGAUCCAAAUCCAUGCAAGAACGACGGCACGUGCAAUGAUGAAGUAAACGAUUACACGUGUAACUGUGCUGAUGGUUUCUCCGGGAAAGAUUGUGGAACUGGUUAG